AUGAGAGGGCGACAAAUGAGCGGGUGGGGGGGGGGGAGGGGGAAGGGCGCGAUCGAGCGGGCGGGGAAUGAGCGGGCGAGGAAUGAGCGGGCGAGGAAUGAGCGGGCGGGGAAUGAGCGGGCGGGGAAUGAGCGGGCGGGGAAUGAGCGGGCGGGGAAUGAGCGGGCGAGGAAUGAGCGGGCGGGGAAUGAGCGGGCGAGGAAUGAGCGGGCGGGGAAUGAGCGGGCGGGGAAUGAGCGGGCGGGGAAUGAGCGGGCGGGGAAUGAGCGGGCGGGGAAUGAGCGGGCGGGGAAUGAGCGGGCGGGGAAUGAGCGGGCGAGGAAUGAGCGGGCGGGGAAUGAGCGGGCGGGGAAUGAGCGGGCGGGGAAUGAGCGGGCGAGGAAUGAGCGGGCGGGGAAUGAGCGGGCGGGGAAUGAGCGGGCGCGAGAAUCUUACAAGACGCAGAGGUCACCACCGGCCUACUACUUCCGCCCGGGCCAUGCAGGCGGCGCCCACAAGUGGUUCUUCCACUUCCAGGUCGCCCCCCUCUCCCCCCUUCUUCCCCCCUCUCCCCCCUUCUUCCCCCCUCUCCCCCCUUCUCCCCCCCUCUCCACCCUUCUCCCGCCCUCUCCCCCUUUCUCCUCCCCUCUCCCCCCGUCUCCCCCCCGCUCCACCCUUCUCCCCCCCACUCGCCCCCUCUCCCCCAUUCUCCCCCUUUCUCCUCACCUCUCUCCUCCUCUUUCUCUCCCACUCCCCUCCUCUUUUCCCCUCCCUCUUUCUCUCCUUCUUCCCCCCUCUCUUUCACCUCUCCUCCCUCUCUUUCCCCUCCGUCACUUCCCCGCUGCCCCAUGGGCGUGGAGGGGGGAGGGAUGGGCGUGGAGUGUGGGGGGUAUGGGCGUGGAGUGUGGGGGGUAUGGGUGUGCACAGGGCGGGGCGUGGUGCAGCAGCGGGGAGGAGUGUCGGCAGCGCAGCCUCACAGCACUGGGGUCGUCCCGCCUGCUACCCGCCACUGCUGACGCUGAGGGCGUGUUCAGUGACGACCCCGCAAUCAACCCAGGCAUGCACGAGUGGAACAUGGUGAAGCUCGCUUACUGCGAUGGCGGGUCCUUUGCUGGCCACCGCACCCACCCUCUUCCCGUGCAGGGGGGCAGCAUCUUCAUUCGCGGGCGAGCCAUUCGCGAUGCCAUCUUUGACCACCUGCAGCACCGACUGGCCCACGCACAGCAGGUGGUGGUGUCGGGGUGCUCUGCCGGGGGGCUAGCAGCGCUGCUGCACUGCGACCACAUCAGAGCCGCCUUCUUCCCCGCCCUGCCCCCCUCUGCCUACGCCUGCCUGCCCGAUGCUGCCAUCUUCCUCGACAGGAAGGACCUGGGUGGGAAGGCAACAGCGAGGGAGCUCUUUCAGGCUGUCUUCCAAUUCCAUCACAUGGCCGGGGGAGUGAGUGAGCACUGCAUCAACGCCCGCCCACUGCACCUGCAAUACGAGUGCGUGUUUGCUCGCCACGCCAUGGCGUAUGUGAGCAGCAGAGUGUUCAUGGUCAACAGCAACUAUGACUCCUGGAAUCUACUGGCUCUGCUAGCCAAUGAGGAUGCGGACCCUUCUGGUGACCUGCUGCGGAACUGCCUGUAUCGAGUGCGCUCGUGCACAGCUGCUCAGCUGGCCAUCAUUCAAGAUUUCCGCCAAGCGCUUCUUGAGUCGUGGCAGCCGUUCCUAGCAGCAAGUGACCCCCACGGGGCGUUCUUCUACUCCUGCUUCGCCCACUGCGCCACCUACCACAGUGACCUCUGGUCGCAGCUCACUGUCGCCAAUCACACACUGGCGCAGGCCUUCAGUCUCUGGCUUCACGAAGAGGAUAAUGAUGGGGCAGAAGCCAAAUCGGUUGACUGUGCGUAUCCUUGUAACGAAUGCAGCAUUGAUCGGCCUGAGUUUAGAGAGCCAGCUGUGUUCUUUUGA